AUGUCUGAAGAUUCGGAUAAGAACAUUUGGAAUGAUAGAACCAUUGAGCGACUUGCAGAGCUUACAACUAAAAAAUGCAAUUCUACUGAAAGAUAUAGUAUAACUAGUACUCCGGUCAAACGAGAAUCACCAAGUAAAGUCAAUAAAAAUAUAGGAAAAAAGUAUAAAGCUUCUUCAUUGCCAACUUCACCAAAUAAAACUAAAGUUUUACAAAGACGAGCAUUAGAACAAUCAAAAGUAAACACGUCAAAUUUUACUAAUAGCAAUAAUGGGUCACCUAAAAAGGAUCAUAAAAACUUUAACAAAACAAAUAAUUCCGCAAAAAAGAAUAAUACCCCUAAUUACAUGAAAGAUACAUUGCAGGAAAAGUUAGAAAAUGAUGAAUAUAUGCUCUAUGAUACUUUGAGUAAAGAAGUUAGUCCUGUGAUUAGUCAAGAUCAAUUGGUUGAUGAAAUAGAUGCAGGUGAUAAUGAAAAUUGUUGUCCCGUAUGCGGAAAAUCAUUAAAAAAACAUACAUUAGAGGAAUCAAAUUUGCAUGUGACCGAAUGCCUUGAUAAUCCAUCAGGAUCGUCUACAUUAACUACGAGUGAAUUAUCUAUAGAAACAAAACACACUAUUUUACAGUCAAAUGAUCCUUCUUCAUGGAACGCAUUGUUCAGCUUUAAAAGCAAAUUUACCAGUAUUCAAAAUAGUCAACCAACGAUUAAAUCGCAUCUUGAUAAUGAGAUGAAAAAAGAUACCACUGUAAAACCGACUUCGAAGAAAGAAUGUCCGUGGUACAAAAAAUUACAGGGAACGAACAUAACGGUUGACGCGUUCAAGUAUGGAAGGAUCCCUAAUUGUACCGCCUAUUUUCUGAGUCACUUCCACUCCGACCAUUAUGUUGGGUUAUCUCAAAAAUGGUCACAUGGGCCUAUAUAUUGUUCAUCCGUCACUGGAAAUCUAGUUAUUCAACAAUUGCGUGUCAAACCCCAAUAUGUUCGAAAAUUACCCAUGAAUGAAGAGGUCGUCAUUAAUAAUACUGAUACAGUAGUCACAUUAAUUGAUGCAAAUCACUGUCCGGGAUCUGUAUUAUUCUUAUUCAAAACCAAAUGUGCUAACGGUGAAACUAAACGAUACCUUCAUACUGGUGAUUUUCGGGCAUGCCCACGUCAGGUGCUUCAUUCAGCAAUAGUGCAACCUAAUAAUCCACCAAUAGACAUUUUAUACCUUGAUACUACUUACUUGAAUGAGCGAUAUUGCUUUCCAGCUCAGGAACAG